UUGGUGCAUCCGCCGAGGGGGCGGGGCGAGGGCAGGCUGCCCGGGGGAGGCAAGAUGGCGGUGCAGGCGGUGCACCUGGAGGCGGACGCGUUCCUGGUGUGCCUGAACCACGCGCUGAGCACCGAGAAGGAGGAGGUCAUGGGGCUCUGCAUCGGAGAGGUGGACACCAACCGAAUCGUCCACAUCCACUCUGUGAUAAUCCUGCGGCGCUCUGACAAGAGGAAAGACCGUGUGGAGAUCUCACCAGAGCAGCUCUCAGCUGCUUCCACUGAAGCUGAGAGGUUGGCAGAGAUGACAGGACGGCCCAUGAGGGUGGUGGGCUGGUACCACUCCCACCCCCACAUCACCGUGUGGCCCUCACAUGUGGAUGUCCGCACACAGGCCAUGUAUCAGAUGAUGGACCAAGGGUUUGUAGGGCUCAUCUUUUCCUGCUUCAUUGAGGACAAGAACACCAAGACAGGUAGAAUCCUCUACACCUGUUUCCAGUCUGUUCAGGCCCAGAAGAGCUCAGAAUAUGACAGGAUUGAAAUUCCCAUUCAUGUUGUCCCCCAUGAGACCAUUGGGAAGGUGUGUCUGGAGUCAGCUGUGGAGCUGCCCAAGAUCCUUUGCCAAGAAGAGCAGGAUGCCUACAGGAGAAUUCACAGCCUCACCCAUCUCGACUCUGUAACCAAGAUCCAUAAUGGCUCAGUGUUCACAAAGAACCUCUGUAGCCAAAUGUCUGCCAUCAGUGGGCCCCUGCUGCAGUGGCUUGAGGACAGACUGGAGCAGAACAAACAGCGCAUGCAGGAGCUGCAGCAGGAGAAGGAGCAGCUGCUGGAGGAACUUGCUGCUUUAGAGUGAGGAGGAAAUGCAGACCCUUCAGGAAAGUGACAUGAAAAAAUCUUCAAGAACUACUCCAGGCUGAAGGGUGGCCCUGCAUUACCUCAGUGGAGGUACUGGCCAUGCCUCUUCUCUUGCAGCAAAGAGCAUAGCUCCAGGAUCAGGACUUUACCUGCCCCAGCCUGGUGCAAAGCAGUGCUGUGUCUGCAGUUGCUGCGCUUCUGGCUCAGUGGUGGGGCUGGGCAGCACCUGAAAACUUCUGUUCUGGAGAGCACACACCUAGGGAACCUGUUGUUUCUCCCUUUAAUGUUUUGACAGAAGUCCUACUGCUUUAUAUGUAUUCCAGGAGCCUGGAACAGGAGGGUUAGAAGGGAAGAGUGUGUCCCUGCUGUCAUAUAUGAUGCUGCCAACUUCUGCCUUCUCUUAGUAGCUUCAGUUGACCAUGAUCUUGUAUCUAGUAAUGUUCUGGAUCACUGGUCAUUCACCCAGGCACGUAGGAGGUGGGAGGGAAGCUUGGAAACAGACCUGGAAGAUCUUUGACAUAGAAUCUGUCUUCAGCAUAUGUCAAACCAAAUAAACUAUUCCAAAGCUAGA